AUGGCCCCGCCAAGCAAACAGUGCACACUCUGUGAGAAAACUAUUCGGUCAAAGGACUAUUCCAACCAUGUGAAGAAUCAGUGCCUAGGAAAAUCGUUGGCUAUCACUUGUGAGAAUUGCAACAAGACAGUUCCACAAAAUCAUGAGUGUGUCAGAGGCAAGAGACAGCGUUGUCAGCUCUGUCAGAAGUUGAAAGAUGCAAAACAUAUGAAACGUCAUAUCAAAUUUUGCCAGCGCAAACAAAACACCUCUGCAAUUCCUGAUCUGCUUGAGAAUGAUGAUGUCUCAUUGAAGUCAUCUACUGUGCACAAAAUGAUAUCCAGCCUUCAGAAUGAUGGAAAAUUCCCAGAAUGCCGACUUGACAAUCUUUUCCCACUUGUUGACUCUGGAAAUGUAUGCUGGAAGCAACCAUUUCUAUUUUCUUCAUCUGAUGUCUGGGUUAAACAAUUUUCACCAUUGGAGAUUUUCAACGCUGUGCGUCUCGCCACACAAACUAAGGACUCCAUUUAUCGGGAUGGUGAGCUCAUUCAAAAUGAGGAGCAGAAUUGGAAUAUCAGCAAUGUCUUUUACCAGGCUGGUAUACCUCUCAGUUCCUCCGAUCUCUCACCUAAAUAUUCCUUGAUGAAUAUUUCUCUUCCAAAGGAAUUCCACCAGCUUCAGCCGUGCAACGCACUUAAAAACCAACUUCGAAUCAUGGAUGACAACAACCUUGAGUUGCUAGCCAAUUUUGCGCCUGCGGGAAACUUUGUUGAUAUACACAUUGAUCAAAACCGACAUGGCUUAUCUCAAUCCAUUGGACACUCACAACGUAUAUGGCUUCUAUACCCACCAACAGAGGAAAACCUCAAAGUUUUUGCACAGUUUUCAGGUGAAUUUGGCCGUCUCACCAAAAUCUCAAGCAAACUGAAUGAUGGGUAUGUUGCUUGUGUCGAUUCAUCUAGAGUAGUUUACAUUCCUCCUGGUUGGCUACAUGCAACGUUUACAACAAGAUCCGGCUCCUUGGUUGGGGUUAACUUCGUAUCUCUUGAAAGUCUGGAGACCAUGGCACUAAGUGUUGGCAUACAUCUUCCAUAUCUUUAUCGAAUUUCUCAAUCAGUGCUGGAGGAUUUCAGAGAAUUCAGCAAAGCUAUCUUGAACUUUCUUGAUAAUGAGUAUGAAUCUGAAAUCAUUACUCUUGUAUUGAGAAGUUGGGUGUUGUUUCUGCAAGCUCUGUCAACUGAUGUAUUGAAAAACAUGGACUUUCAAUCAGCAAUACAUACUCUUCUUAAUGGUCUUGAAACAAAGCUGUUGUGGAAAAAAGCAUAUUGCUGUGACACAACCCAUACAAAUGUGCUCCCCCAUGUUAAGUGCAAUCAUUGGGUGAAAUUUCACAAAAACGCUCGCUGA